ACCACUAGUUGUUGUUAUUUUUGGUGGUGCAAGAGUAUUUCAUUUGUUUUCAGCUAAAUAUUUUUUCAUUAUCAAUUAAAAGGCAUUAUUAAAGAACGCAAUGGCCAAUGUAGAGUCAAUGAUUGUAGAGGAGAAGACGCAGAUCAAACAAAUUGAUCGUGAAAAGACCUGUCCGCUGCUGCUGCGAGUGUUUUGCUCGACUGGACGCCAUCAUUCAGUCUCCGAGUACAUGUAUGGCAAUGUGCCCACCAAUGAGCUGCAGAUCUACACUUGGCAGGAUGCAACGCUGCAUGAGCUAACUUCGCUGGUGCGCGAUGUGAAUCCAGAUACCCGUAAAAAGGGUACCUACUUCGACUUUGCAAUUGUGUUCCCCAACUUCCGGAAUAACCACUUUCAAAUGCGCGAAAUUGGUGUGACUUGUACCGGCCAAAAGGGCAUCGAUGACAAUAAGACUCUGGCCCAGGCCAAGUUUAGUAUUGGCGACUUUCUGGACAUUUCAAUAACCCCGCCCAAUCGCAUGCCGCCCGCGAGACGUCAGCGCCCGUAUUGA